AUGUUAGUGAAUCGAGGUCCUCCAUUAGGAGAUGACUCGAGUAACUCCAAUGAUGAUGAGAUGGGAGAGGAGAUGACAUCUAGUCGGGGGUUCUCCGAAGAGAGUUGGUGUAGCGAUGCGAUGAAAUCGGCGACAACAUACGAAGAGGACGAGAAACUUGCUGAGGAGCGCCUUAUGAGUCUGUAUCCCCGAGCAGAACUCAGGCGUCUACCGCGAUUGUGGAAUAAAAACGAUAAAUAUCACUUCUUGGAUAUAUCACACAACUCCUUGCGAGUUAGUUAUAAAGGCAAUGGAAAGCAGCAACAAAAGGAUGCUGCGUCCACUCGAGCAGAUUUCCCUAUCCCUCCUCAAUGUGGCGUGUAUUAUUUUGAGAUAACAAUUGUCCGUGGAUUGAAAGGCUGCAUGGGCGUGGGUGUUUGUGGCAAAUCCGUUAACUUGAACAGGUUACCUGGGUGGGACCGCGACUCGUAUGGUUACCAUGGUGAUGAUGGAAAUUUUUUCUCUUCGUCUGGUAAUGGUGUGUCAUAUGGACCGAAAUUUACCUCUGGUGAUGUAAUUGGUUGUGGAGUGAACCUUGUGAAUAGGACCAUAUUUUUCACAAAAAAUGGUGUUCAUUUAGGUAUUGCUUCGCGGGAACUGACGCAUAUCGAUGACCUUUAUCCUACAAUUGGCCUGCAAACCACCGGAGAAGUUGUGGAUGCCAAUUUCGGGCAACGGCCGUUCCGAUUUGAUAUUCGUCCAGAAAUGGAGGCCGCAAGAGCGAAAGUUACCAACGAAAUCCUCUCCAUUCAACUUCCCCCAGAAAAAACGGACUGGAUGAACAAGCUUGUAUCGUCGUGGAUGGCUUGUGAGGGAUAUAGCAAAUCCAUGACAUCCUUUUGUAAUGCCGCAAAACUGGUACCGGACGAGGGUGAACAAAGUAUUGAAACUCGAAAGGAAAUCCUUGCGCUGGUGUUGUCGCGACGCAGUGCAGAGGCGAUCGCUCGUAUGGAAGAUGCUUAUCCUGAUAUUUUCGUUCUCAAUAAAAAUAUAGCUCUUGUACUGAAGUGCCAACAAUUUGUCGAAAUGGCUGCAGAAAUCGCGCGAGUGGAUGCUUUAUCGAAACCUGCGCCGAUAUCGAGUUCAAAUGGUCAGUCAAUGCCGUCAUCAUCCGCGGUCACGCCGAGAACAACCCAUUCAUAUCCUUCGAAUCCUCAUAAGCGAUCUUAUGGUAAGUAUGUAGAUUCUCACUCGGAGGAUAUUGAAGCACCACCAGCCAGACGAACACCACCUUCUGGCGCAGCAGAUGUUGACGUUCAUGCUGACAUGCAAGUGGACGAAGACGAACCGUGUUGUUCAUCUAAAGCAACUCUACCCGAACGUAACGGUCAAGCUGUGGCGGACAUAAAGAAUGGAGCUGGCCCUGAAACUGCCGACGGAGGUUCUAUCGAUGAUGGUGUAAUCAUGACUGGAGAUGUAAGCACUACUAUAGUCGAAGAGGAAUUCACGGAGGAUGACGAAGAUAUUGAAAUGGACAACCCUGAGAAGCGUGCUGAAGAAGAAGCUAGGAUCAUGCAGGAGUAUCAAAGAUUCAAUGGGAUUAUCGAAUUCGGACGAUCGCUUUUUGCCCUAUCACAAGAGAUUCCGAAUAUGAGUGGACAAAUGAAGGCACUUUUGAACGACACGUUAGCAACAAUAUGUAUCUUGGAAUAUUCUCAAUUUGAAACCCAUCCUCUCAUGAGUGAGGAACACCUGAAAGAUUUGGCUAAACAGACUGCGGCAGCUAUACUAGAAUUCGGUGGUAGAAGUUCUAUGUCCCAACUGUCUCGCUAUAUCCAGCUAUGGAUCAAAAUGCAGACAGAGCUCACCAGUGCGAUGGUUCCACAUUGCGCAUUCACGGAUCUUAAACAACUGGUAUUCGGCAAUUCUAAUCUCAUGGUAAAUGGUGAUGGAGUGCCAUCAUCAACAACUCAGGACGAUUCAUCAAUGGUCGACACGUUAGCAACAAUAUGUAUCUUGGAAUAUUCUCAAUUUGAAACCCAUCCUCUCAUGAGUGAGGAACACCUGAAAGAUUUGGCUAAACAGACUGCGGCAGCUAUACUAGAAUUCGGUGGUAGAAGUUCUAUGUCCCAACUGUCUCGCUAUAUCCAGCUAUGGAUCAAAAUGCAGACAGAGCUCACCAGUGCGAUGGUUCCACAUUGCGCAUUCACGGAUCUUAAACAACUGGUAUUCGGCAAUUCUAAUCUCAUGGUAAAUGGUGAUGGAGUGCCAUCAUCAACAACUCAGGACGAUUCAUCAAUGGUCGUGGGAUAG